AUGGAUUCAGCUCGAUUAACUCGACGAAAACAGAAAACUCCUCGAUCAUCUGCUAUUAGUAAUAACAAAAUAAAACUCGAUCCAAUAAAACCGAUCCAUGGAACUUGGCGUCAGUUACAAUUAGAAUUAGCAAAAAAGAGGAUGGGUUCAAGCAAACCAUCAGAAACAUUGAUAAGUAGAUCUUUGUUAGAUUUCAGUGAGACACAUGUUGAUACAUCUGAAAUGGGUCUAUCCAGGAUGCAUCGACAAUUUUCAUCGGAAAAUAAUAUUGACGCAUUGGGUGUAAAUCGUCAUCGAAUUUCAUCUCAUAAAAUUGGAUUUAUCUAUCCACAGAGUAUUGUAAUUGGACCAAAUAAUUUGUACAAAUCUUGGUCUUGUCAAAUAACGAUGAGUUAUCGAUUUGAUCCAACUUUACCACCUGUCUUGCAAAAUUCAAGACGUGAUGAAGUGACAAUUUUUCAAGUAGUUAAUAAUGGUUUCAGUUGGAUUGUGUUUAAAGGAUUUCUCAAGAUGAAUGAUACAUUUACCUUUAAAUCACAACGUUCAAGAGAUGAUCGUUUUUGUCUAAGACUUGAAAUUAAUGGUUCUCUCGAUACGACAAUUUCAGCAUGUUGUGAACAUCCAUAUCGACAUGGAGGGCGAAUUGAUGAUGGUGAUAGUUCAUUUUGGAUUAAAACUGUUGAAAAAUAUGUAUCAUGCACAAAAUGUAAAGAAAGUGUCGAUUUGCCACUAGAAGAAUUAGAUGAUGAAAAAAUGAGUGUUGAUUCGAGUUCAGUGAGUGACGAAAGUGAAGUAGAAGAAGAUCAACCUGUUGAUAAAUCUUCGACUAUUUCUACUCAAGUAUUGGAAAUAUCGAAGAAAAAAGUUGAACCAUCUGAACCAUUAACUGAUCAUAAAAUGAGACCUCUAAAAGAUAAAUCAGAUGAUGAUGAAUCUGCUCUACUUAAAUACAUCAAUGACAGUAUGCAACAAGCUCUAUCCAAACCUAAAUCAAGUAAAAUAAUUCCAUCUCGAUCCAUUGGCAACCUUGAAAAUUUUACUAUUCUCUAUAUUGAUCAAAAUAAAAUACAAGAUCUCAAUCUUCUUCGUUCUACGAUUAAUUUUAUACGUACAGUAAACGAUACACAUACAUUACAAACAUUGUUAACAACAAUCAUAGAUGAAAGACUUAUUGUUAUUAUCACUCUUGAUCAAGCUCAAACUACUCUUCCUGAACUUCAACAGCAUAAAUGUAUUCAAUUCAUUUAUUUAUUAUCUAAAGAAAAGCAUUCACCUAAAUGGAUUAAUAAUUAUAAUAAAAUCAUUGGAAUUUAUCCAGAUAUUAACUCAAUUCAUAAUCAUUUAAUUAAAACACUCGCUGAUGUAUCUUUUCGAAUGAUUCCGAUGGAAAUCACAUCAAAAGAAAGUACUACUGAUCUACAAUUUAACUAUUGUCACUUAUUAAAAGAAACAAUUCUCUGUCAAGAUGAUGAAAGUGAUUUAAAGAAAGAUAUGCUAACAUUUUGUCGUCUUCAUUAUGCUAAUAAUCAAGAAGAACUUGAUCAAAUUGAUACUUUUGAAAAAUCUUUUAUCGAAACAGAAAGUAUUCAAUGGUAUACACGUCAUUGUUUCUUAACAAAAAUUUUAUCACGUGCAUUUCGUACACAAGAAAUUGAUUUACUAUUCAAAAUGCGAUAUUUUAUUCAAUCUCUUCAUAAACAAAUUCAAUCAAUUGCUAACAAAGAGCCAAUCACUAUCUAUACUAUUUUAGAUAUCGGACAAGAAAUUAUUGAAAAAUUUCAAAAUAAUAUCAAUGGAUUAGUCAUAUUUCAUUCAUUUCUUCCUGCGACAUUGGAACGUCCAUGUCAAAAUAAUGAUAAACAACAAUGUCUUAUCUUUUCAAUUAAACUUUCAUCUAAUUGUGCAGCAAACAUCGAACAAUUACGUUCAUCCGAUUGCAAAAUUGAUGUUUUAAUUAAUCUUAAUACUAUUUUUCGAAUUGUUUCUAUCGAUAAAGAGACGAACACAGUGAAUUUAGAAUCUGUUUCACAAGAUGAUUCUCAUUUUCAACAAUUAACUGAACCAUUACGUAAAGAAAUAACACAAGCAGUUGUUAUUUUACAAAUAAGUAAACUUCUGUUGGAAACAAAUCAUUAUUGGGAAUGUGAUUAUCUUACGGAAUUAAUUUAUCAAGAUAAAUCUUUUGAAAAUGAUGGAACAUUAUUAGCAAGUCUAGCAGCUUCACAUCAUCUUCUAGGUAAUGCCAAUGUAGUGAAUAAAGAUAAUGAAGGAGCACGUUACCAAUUCUUUAAAUCUUUACGUGCAUUUCAUUUAUUUCUUCCACCUUAUCAUUCAAUGUUAUCCUCAAGUUACAAUAAUAUUGGUAGUAUGUUCUAUCAAGAUGAUCAUCAUGAAAGUGCUAUUAAAUUUCAUGAAAUAGCACUUCAAUGUCAAUUGAAAGCAUCCAAUCCUGAUAUGAAUGCAGUUGCGACGUAUUCAUCGAAUAUUGGUGCAGUUUAUAUAGAUCAAAAGAAUUACACAGAAGCUAUAAAAUAUUUAAAACGAGCAGUAAUAAUUCGAGAGAAAAUGUCGAUGGAUGGUGAUACAAGACCAUUAAUUUCACUCUUUCAGAAAAUAUCCAGUUGUUUUUGGCAUACAGGAAAUGCGAAAGAAGCAUUGGAUUAUUAUAAGAAAACAUUGAAACUUCAACUUGAAUUACCCAAUCCAUUACCACAUCCAUUAUCAGUUACUUAUUAUAAUCUUUCUACUGCUUAUGCACGACUGGGUGAUUAUAAAGAUGCAGUAGAUUGUGCAGAAAAAUCAGUUGAAUAUUUGAAAAUGGUUCCAGAGAAACAUUUGGAAUUAAAAGAAAAUCAAGCUCAAUUAGAAAUUGUCCGACAAAAACUAUGGUUGAAACAAGUUCUAUCCGUUUAA